AAUCUCACCAAAACGUAGUCCAAAGAAAGGAACCUGCAACUUGCUCAUCCACUUGCAUUAUCCUCAUUUUCCUCUCAAUUUAUCUUCUCAAAUCACUCACACAAACGCCAUUUUAAUGCAACUUGACAUCCAAUCCCUAACCCUUCUUCUCUCUUUCUUUCUUCAUAUAACCGUUCAUCGAAGUCACCAAACUAACAAACUGAAAGCAAAAACACAAGAGAAACAAAGAAAAACGAGAUAUGCCUUCUUCUUUACAGGUUCAUAGAAGCAUUGCCGCCACUGUAGGGCCACUGCAGAAACAGAUAUCCCAGAAAUGUUGUGAUUUUCAGGUGCCGGAGAUGUUGCCACGUUACCACAAACAUACGGUGGGGCCGAACCAGUGCUGUUCGUACGCUGUCCAGGCGAUAAACGCGUCGGUGUCGACGGUUUGGUCGGUGGUGAGGCGUUUCGAUAACCCACAGGCUUAUAAACACUUCGUCAAGAGCUGCCACGUCAUUGUUGGCGAUGGUCACGUGGGGACUCUGCGUGAGGUCCACGUCGUCUCCGGACUCCCCGCAGUCAACAGCACCGAAAGGCUCGAGAUUCUAGACGAUGAACAUCAAGUUUUGAGCUUCAGUGUGGUCGGCGGCGACCACAGGCUCAACAACUACCGCUCCGUCACAACGCUACAUACCUCUCCAUGUGGGACUGCGACGAUCGUCGUGGAAUCGUACGUCGUCGACAUACCGCCGGGGAAUACCGGGGAGGACACGUGUACGUUUGUUGAUACUAUCAUACGGUGCAACUUACAGUCUUUGGCUCAGAUUGCUGAGAAAAUGGCUCGAAAUAACAAGCCCUAAUCAUAAUUAACAAUAAUUAAUUAUGAUUAAACUUGUUUUUAAUAUUUUUUGUUUCCAAUAUGGGUCGGAUUGAUUUGAUCUUCAAAUAAAUCUUAUUGGAAAUUAUAUAUCAGUUUUUUCUAGGUCACACUUAAAUGAUAUGGUAUAUGUAAUAGCUUCAUUUUGCUCUUUGUUUGUUUGAGUUCAUAGGGGAGGGAGAUUAAAGAUACUUUAUUGUGAAUUAUAAUUAAUUAAUUACCUUUUAGUAUAUAAUUACUUUGAUGUUUCCCCUUCCACCUGUUCUUGUUGUAUGUAAUUUCCGAAAAUAUUUAUCAUAAUAACACGAGAAUUAGGUUUAUAUAUUUUAUAAUA